ACUCAGUUUUGCAUGUGUAAAGAGGAAGAAGAGCCCUCACGGCAGUUACUGUUCCAAUCCACUUUCUCCAGGAUUGUCACGGGAUUUCAAUGUUCAGCCUGUUCUUUUGUUUCUGUGUAGAUUUGAGCUGCACAUUUAUGGCGUUUGUGAGUGGAGACUUCUGCCAGGCUCAGCACCUCGCCUUUGUGAACAAGUGAAUCAUCAACCUCCUGCGGGACUCCGCUACCCAGAACCCCCCGAUAGCAAACUGGGCCCAGUCUGUCUCUCCCACGCCCCCCCGGGGAACAGUGCGUAGUCCUCAGUCUGAGCACAAACAAGUACUUUCUCCCUCUCCUGCAGCUUUCUGAUUCUACAGUCAAUCAGACCCACCUCUCCUGAAUGGGCCGUCUCGCCAACAUGAACCGACCUGCCGCUGUUGAAAUUACCUAUGAGUGCAUGAGGUUCCUCAUCACGCAUAACCCCACCAACUCAACACUCAACAAGUUCACAGAGGAGCUAAAGAAAUUUGAAGUAAACACACUUGUGCGUGUGUGUGAAGCCACUUAUGACAAGGCGCCUGUGGAAAGAGAGGGCAUCCAGGUCCUGGACUGGCCCUUUGAUGAUGGAGCUCCACCUCCCACCCAGAUUGUUGAUGAUUGGCUGAACUUGUUGAAGACAAAGUUUCGAGAUGAACCUGGUUGCUGCAUUGCAGUUCACUGUGUGGCAGGUUUGGGCCGAGCACCUGUACUAGUGGCACUAGCCCUAAUUGAGAGUGGCAUGAAAUACGAGGAUGCAGUCCAGUUUAUACGACAGAAGAGACGUGGAGCCUUCAAUUCCAAACAGCUUCUUUACCUCGAAAAAUACAGACCUAAGAUGCGUCUACGGUUCAAGGAUGCCAACGGUCACAACUGCUGCAUUCAGUAACUUGUCAAUUGUACACAACUAGUGGGAAAUUCACUUAGGGGAGAAAGCGCAAGCUGUGGGUAAUUAUUGUGAUGAUUUAUACUCCAAGUCUUGGCUAAUCGAUCACAGAGAUGUAAUGAAUGAAAGCUGAUCUGUGGAUUCACCAGCUGUAUGAUUGAGAGGUCAAAGCACACAGAAGCCUGCCUUCUGGUUAACAGUGUACCAGUAAUAGGCUACAAUAAACAGAAGUUCCUCCUGAUUUCCCAAAUGUCCAAUCAUGGGAUAGCUUCUUACUUUUCUUAAUUCUGAAAUUAAUUCAUCCAUUGUGAAAAAUAAUAAUAUAAUAAUUACAAUUGUGUAAUGAUUGGGAUUAUGAUUUAAUAUUACUGUCAUAAUUGGACAAAACAACAUACAUGACUGAAAAUAAAUUCGACAAUAUCUUUAUAUUGAAACAACUCAUGUUGAGAGAAGCCAGAAUGUUCCCUUUUAAAUACAGUGCUGUUCUACCCCUUUUUUGAAGUCACUUUUAAUUUAGGGUCAGGUUGGGUUUUAAAUGUCAACUGUAUUUAUUCACUAUAAUUAACAUGUCAUGGCAGGAGAGUGGCUGGGACAAGGACACUUUUUUUUCUUUAUGGAGCCAUGUUAUUUUCACUUGUUUUCUGAAUCUCUGGGGAGUGCAAUAUUAAGUUUAGAAAAGCAGUCAUCUUUAGGACCGUCCUAAACACGGGAAUACGUGGAUAGUUUUUGGUACUUCUCAUCCACUAUAUCUGCUCACUCCUUACUAGUGGGUCAGUAAAAGUCUUUGCUGUUGGACAGACUGUCAAUAACAUACACACUUGCUGUGACCCCACUGUUUAGCCCAUAGGCACACUCAAGGAUGUGGGAGUGGGAGACCCCCCCCCCCUUUUUUUUUUCCCCCCACAAUUGAAAACACCCCCAUAUUGGUUUUAACAUUAAUAAAUAAAUAAAUUGAUAUGAAUUGCC